UCUUCUUCCUCCUCUGCAAACCCUAUCCACUCCACUCCAUUACUCUCUCUCUCUCUCUCUCUCUCUCUCUCUCCCCGGAGCCUCCGCUUACGGUUGAUGGACAGCCGCCUCCUCCCUCGCUCCCCUCCGACGCCGCCGUUCCUGCGCCCCGCGCUGAGGCCCCCCGCCGGCCGCGGGCUCUCGAUCGCCUCCGGCCGCGGCGGUCGCCACCCGCCGCGCCCGCGGCGAUCGCUGGCCGUCGUCGCCGGCGCGAGCCGCUGCGAGUCGAGCAGCCUGAACACGCCCCUGGUGCCGGAGUCGGCGGCGGGGCGGUACCUGACCCGGGUGCUGCAGAACCAGCGGCAGCUGUUCCACGUCGCCGUGGCGGAGGAGCUGAAGCAGCUGGCCGACGACCGCGACGCGGCGGUCUCGCGGGUGCUGCUCAGCGCCGGCUCCGAUGAAGCGUGCCUCCACAGGAGGAUUGCAGAAAUCAAAGAGCGUGAUCGUCAAGUUGCUAUCAAAGAUGUUAUGUACAUGCUUAUACUUUACAAGUUCUCAGAGAUCAGAGUUCAUUUGGUCCCUAAGCUUUCCAGAUGCAUUUACAAUGGCAGACUAGAGAUAUGGCCUGCAAAAGACUGGGAAUUAGAAUCCAUUCACGGCAUCGAUGUUUUGGAGAUGAUAAAAGAGCACGUUUCUGCUGUCAUUGGCCUGAGAGCAGAUUCUAGUGUUACAGACAACUGGGCGACUACUCACAUUCAACGACUCCAACUUGGCCAACUUUAUGCAGCCUCUGUUUUAUAUGGUUACUUCUUGAAAUCUGCUUCUUUGAGGCACGAUCUCGAGUGUAGUCUAACUUUAUCUCACCAGGGACACCGCGUCUUCCACAGGAACUCCCUUCAGUCUCCGAAAAUUUGGCCAUAUGGGUGGAACAAGCUUGUUUGUGGUCGUGCUAGCAAUGAUAAGCUGUCUUUAGGCCAAGCGUCAAUUCAAGAUAGAAACCAUGAAAAGUUGAGAUGUUAUGUGAUGGGGUUUGACCCCGAGACCUUGCAGAGAUGUGCAAAAGUCAGAUCCAGGGAAGCCAUUGAUCUAAUCGAGAAGCAUAGCUGUGCUCUCUUUGAGGAUGGGAAGAUGGGUUUGAUCAGUAGUGAUGACGUCAUACUUACCUCAUUUUCAAGCCUAAAGAGGUUGGUUUUGGAGGCUGUUGCGUUUGGUUCCUUUCUUUGGGAUGUAGAAGAGCAUGUCGAUACUGUUUAUAAGCUCAAUGAUAACUGACGGAAGGAGGCGGGGGUACAGAACACCAAGUGGGAUCUAUCUCUGUCAGUCACCGGUGUAUAUAAGAGCUCGACUAGAAGCGCGAAUUGUCCGGUUCACUCUUGUACAUAGGAGUUUCAGGUAUGCAAAUCCACGUUCUCUUCUGUUUUACAUAAACGGUUUUAAGAGUAUUGUACAGCUUUUAGAUGGUGCAAGCUUUUGUUGCACAUUGUAUAAAGCGGUGAAUAAACUGCUAGUAGAAAUAUCACAUCAAACUUGUUUCCUUUUUAUUUCGUGGACGGAGAUUUUGGACUGCCGAUA